AUGUCGUCCACCAGCAACGCCUCCAUUGACAAGUUCAACGGCGACAACUACGCAACGUGGAGCCGGUACAUGCGCGGUGUGUUUUUGACGAAGUCCGUCUGGCACGUCGUCAACCGUGAAGUGACUCCGACUUUCACCGACCCGCGAGCGUCCGAUGACUACGUCAAGGCAAGCAACGUCGCGUUUGGUAUGAUGCUGCUGCACAUGAACGCGGACUACCAUCAUGUGCUGGACAACUGCGAGGAAGCCUGGGUUGCGUGGACAAGUCUGAAGACGCUGUACGGUGGGUCGCAGAAGGCAGGACGCAUCUACCUCAAGCGACAACUUUUCAGUAUCAAGAUGGCUGAAGGCGCGAACGUCAUGCAUCACUGCAACGAGAUCCUCAACAUCUCCGCCAAGCUUAGCGGCAUCGGUGCGAAGAUGGAAGACGAAGACGUUGCAAUUUGUCUGCUACUCAGUCUUCCGAAGAGCUACGAAAAUGUGGUGCUCAACAUAGAAAUGAGAAGCACCGAGCCUCGCACUCAAGAUGUGGUAAGAGUCCUGACGAAUGAGCAUGCCGAGCGUCAAGGAGAAAAAGGGACAACGACAGCGACUACGGUGAAGACUGAAGAUGCAAGCAAGGCAUUCAGCACCGAGCGUGAGCCCUACCAAUGCACGUAUUGUGGCAAGGUGGGACACACGGUGGAUCGUUGCUGGACAAAACAGAAGAACGAAGGUCGGGGAGCCCGACGCGGCGGCAAUGGUCGUGGACGCGGGGCUAACAAUGUCCAGUGGGGACAUCAUGAUGAAGGCAAUGGCUACGAUCGAGUGGCGUUUGCAGUCUCGUUCGAAUGUGGAGUUUCGACGAGCAAGGACGUGUCUGGAAUGUGGGCCGUCGACAGUGGUGCAACGCACCACAUUUGCCACGACAAGACCAAGUUCGCAAGUUUGUCAGAGCGCAAUGAGGGCGAACUCUUGGUGGCUGAUGGCAACAAGGUGGCCAUCAAGGGUGUGGGAACCAUAAUGGAAAAGGUGGUUCUGCCCAACGGCGAAGAGCGCGAGAUCGAGAUCAAGAACGCGUUAUAUGUUCCAAGUCUGAGCAAGAACCUGCUUUCGAACUCACAGCAAGUGGUGGCGACAGCGGAUCUCGUGGAUGGACUCUACUGGCUUCGGACGACUCAACGAUCAGCGAAUGUGACAACAAGUGGAACCAGUUGUGCCGAUCUACAUGCGAGAAUGGGUCAUGCUCCAGUCGAUGUACUUCGCAAGAUGAUCGCGACCAACAUGAUCAAGGAUGUGCGAGUCCCUCUCAAGUCGGGUGGAGCAACUACAUGUCGAGGAUGUCAACAAGGGAAAAUGGUCCAAAAACCAUUUCCAAGCAACCGAGACAAGCGCAGCUACGAUACGUUUGAGCUACUUCAUCUGGACAUCUGCGGGCCCAUGGAAAAGGAUUCGCUCGGUGGCAGCAAAUAUUUGCUGCUGAUUAUCGACUAA